UCAUAUCGUCGAACAAAAAGAGCCCUUCAUUACAAUUAUUGUGGACGUUCCACAAGUUCAAGUUUAAUCAACAGUGCCUGUAGUGUUUAUAUACAUCCUACUUCACUCAGUCAUUGGUUACGGUUCGAUCGGUUGUGGGAGGAAAAACAAAGAAGCUCGCUGAAGAAACGAAAUCGGACGUUUUUUUUUGGUACGACUUUGACAUGAUGAGCGGAACCAAGGACAAGUGUGAGCUGUUGAUAAUAGCUAAUCUGGCUGAGCAGGCAGAAAGAUAUGAUGACAUGCUUGAAGCUAUGAAAAGCAUAGUGGUAAUAUCUAAAGUCCUGGAGACGGAGGAGCGAAAUAUGCUGUCUGUCGCCUACAAAAACGUCAUCGGUGCUAGACGUGCAGCGUGGAGAAUAUUCAGUGGCCUUGAGGUAAAGCACGAGGAGGACCCUAAGAGCAAAAAAACUGCCACAGAAUACAGAGAGAAAGUAGAGAAGGAGAUACAAGAAAUAUCUUCUGGAAUUUUGAAACUUUUAGAUGAUCAUCUCAUACCGAACGCUGACACAGAUGAGUCUAAAGUAUUUUUCUAUAAAAUGAAGGGCGACUACUACCGAUACCUCACAGAGAUUUUACAAGGCGAUGAACGUAAAACCCCAUCAAACCAAGCGUUGGAGGCCUACAAAGCUGCAGAGGAAGUUGCCUCCGGGCUGCAGUCUACACACCCCAUCCGACUGGGCUUGGCACUCAACUUCUCCGUGUUCUACUAUGAGAUACUAGAUUCUCCAGAUGCUGCUUGUAAAUUGGCGAAGGCGGCGUUCGAGGAGGCCGUGAAUGAUCUGGAUCCCAAAGGAAACGAAAGCCAAUACAAAGAGAGCACUUUGAUUAUGCAGCUUCUCAGAGAUAAUUUGACCCUAUGGACCUCGGAAAUGCAGGAGGGAGGUGUGGAGGACGACUGAGUCAGGCAUAUCUAUUGUCAACAUCGACAAAACUUACAUGGUCUUUAGAAAAAUUAUUCUUGAUGAUGACUGAAACACUUAUGAUAGAAAUAACAUUUUAUUUCUAAAAGAAUGUGGCCUUCUUUAAACGAAGGAAAAUUAAUGGGAAGUUGGAUAGCUUCUAAUAAAAUGGAAAAAAAGUAACACAAACUUUAAUGACAGCACAGUCAACAGUAGCAUUCUUAAUUAUAGGCUACAAUUAAGGAUGUUUUUUUAGCCUAAGAAGCGCCGACUGUAAGAAUUUUUUCUUUCGCAAUGUUACUAGACGGUCUAAUGUACGCUUCACUUUUCGGUUCCAUACCCUCAGUUGUGGUACAACCUCUUUCCAGGGAUAAACUAGUCAUUUGAUGAAAGUUACAGUUCUUGGAGCGAGAUAACCUGAAAAAAAAGAGGCGUCUUUGUUUUUACCCCUCGAAACGUACGGAAACCGUAACUGUCAGCAAUAUGAUUAUAGGGAUACAGCUUUGCUCAAAAAUAACCUCCUUACCUCCCCCAACGUUGGCAGUAUAUGGCAGUCAAUUUUCUAAAGCCUGCCUCUUUAUACUCUGUCAGGUGGGGGAGGGGAGUGGUGGCGACAAAUGAUCCCCCUCUCAGUCCUCCUGAAAAACACGGAAUCCUUCCAAAAUCCCCCCCCCCCAUCCUACUCGGCGAUAAAUAACGAUUGGUCCCUAAUAAUAAUAAGUUAAGAAAGAAAAAUUCACUAAAAGUUGUAGUUCGAUUAAAGCUUCUUAAUUCUUUCAGUCUAUAUUUUUGUAGUAAGGCCGCGGAGUGGGAGAAAUAAGAAGACAAAAUAUAAUUGGAAGUUAGAAAGA